AUGAGCAAGAUGUCUAGUGUCGCCAGUCCGCCCAAACCUGCCCGCGUUGGCAGGGAGGGAGGGCUCGUUUUGAAUGAUGGUGCUGAUCUACGGGGUCUCUCUUUUGGACGCGGGCUGUCGAGUCAUCACUGUUCCAACAGUCGACAAAGCCCUUCUGAUCAUUUCCAGACAUCGCGUCAUGAAGCCUCGCAGAGCUCUUCUAGUUCAGACUUUAACCUCCCGUCAAGCAAGAAGCAGAAGCAAAAACAUGUGAAAGUCGAAUCUUUGAUUGAAACCCCAUCAGAGGCUGAGAAGAUACAGAUCAAGGUCCCUCCUAAUACAAUGUCAUCGAUCCAUCCAGAAUCUGGUCAUUCUGCCCAUCCUUCGCUGAUCGUUUCUACAAUCGGUCCCUCUGAUGCAGGUUAUCCAUGUGCCCAGGAUAACAAGACAACAGAGCUCCGUCGACUCAAGCAGGAGCUUCUUGCUGCCAAUUCCAAAAUUGCAUUGCAGGAGCAAGAGCUAGCUCAUACUCGUGUCAUCAAGCAUACCCUAGAUCAAGCUUUGGGCUCUCCAUCAGAGGCAGAUUUCGGCGACCGUGAGAUAACCGAACAAACCAUCGCACAUUUACAGAGUGCCUUCAAUGCAUCAAAUCAUCCAUUCGGUCAAUUUCAGGAUGCAUGGAAUGUACAGGAUGACUCACAGUCCGAUAUCUCGGAUGCGUUGUCUGCUGGAGCAUAUAACCGCGCGCAAGGGCUUUGGAACCAGCAUAGCCAUCUGUCUUCCGGAAUGAACACCAUUGAACCUUCUUUUGACAAGCAAUAUGAUGACUCUGCUCAGACAUCUAACUCCAUGACUCAUGACCCAACUCGACUUUGGGGUGGCUCUACGCAUCCUGCGUUUGCCACUCAUGGACCGCUGCACACACAUCGGGUGCUUUCAGGACCCUCGGCCGGUACAUAUGGAUUCUAUUCUCGAUCUCCAGAUGAACAAGCCCGAUUUUUACAAGGUCCCAACACUGGAGCUCGUGGAUCAGCCACACAAUCGAACCGGGGUGGAACCUUUGUACCAUCUCCAAGCACCCUGUGCAGUAGCUUUGUAUCGAGGCCUCCAAGUGAAGCAGCUCCCGAGUCCCCUUCUUUGCCGACUGCCAGAUCCUCGAGCGCCUUCCCGCCAAUUGGAAUAUAUUCCAUGCCUUCGUUUCACACUCGACCUGUUGCAACGGCACUCUCUCCAACUGCCACGGAGUUUACAACGACUAUUACAGCCGGAACCCCAUGGGCCACGUCAUUGGGCGGUGGAAGCUCCCUUCAAACCUACGUGUCACCCCUUGAGCCCCUGAACUAUCGGCGGCUUCUCGACAAGAAUGUUUCAUGUGACUGGAAAUACAUUGUGGACAAGAUAGUUUGCAACAACGAUCAACAGGCAUCUAUUUUCCUGCAACAGAAACUCAAGGUCGGCAUGACUGAGCAGAAAUACGACAUUGUCGACGCAAUUGUCAGCAAGGCAUAUUCUCUGAUGAUCAACCGUUUCGGCAACUUUCUAGUUCAGCGCUGUUUCGAGCAUGGAAGCCCGGAGCAAGUUGUUGCUAUUGCCAACGCAAUCAGAGGCCACACGCUCAAUCUGAGCAUGGAUCCUUUUGGAUGUCAUGUUAUCCAAAAAGCAUUCGACUGUGUGCCCGAGGAACACAAAGCUGUCAUGGUCCACGAGCUUCUUUGCAGGAUUCCGGAGACGGUGAUUCAUCGGUAUGCAUGUCAUGUUUGGCAGAAGUUGUUCGAGCUUCGGUGGAGCGGUGCGCCACCCCAGGUCAUGGCCAAGGUGAACGAAGCAUUGCGCGGAAUGUGGCAUGAGGUCGCAUUGGGUGAGACUGGAAGUCUGGUUGUCCAAAACAUUUUUGAGAAUUGCGUGGAAGAAGAGAAGCGGCUCGCCAUUGAAGAAGUUUUGGGUAAGGUCGACGUCCUUGCACAUGGUCAAUUCGGGAACUGGUGCAUUCAGCAUAUUUGUGAGCAUGGCGCUCCUCACGACAAAGGCCGCGCUAUCGAGCAUGUCCUUCAUUUUGCUGUGGACUACAGUAUGGACCAGUUUGCAUCCAAGAUAGUCGAAAAAUGUUUGAAAAUCGGAGGCUCUGAGUUCCUGGAUCGCUAUCUUUCUCGAGUCUGCAUUGGCCGCGCUGAUCGACCUCGAAUGCCACUAAUUGACAUCGCUGGAGACCAGUAUGGCAACUACCUGAUUCAAUGGAUUCUGAUGAACGCCGCCACCCAUCAGCGUGAAAUCGUUGCCAGUCAUAUUCGGAAACACAUGGUCUCUCUUCGCGGGUCUAAGUUUGGCUCUCGUGUCGCGAUGCUCUGUUGCAACCCGUCUCAUGCCACGCGCCCUGGUCCCGGAACCGGCAUGCAUGUAGGCCGUUUCAAUCAAUUCAAUGAGGAAAGAUUCCCUUCAAAUGGACCGAGCGGCGGCCGCCUCAACCGAGGCAAUCAAUGGGGCUCUGCUUACACGCCGUUCCGUUGA